AUGUCUUCAUUCAUCAAGCCUAUUCCGAAGAGCAUUCUGAUUUUUGGAGCGGCCGCUCAUAUUGGCAGACCCUUGGCCGAAUUUCUUAUUCGAGAGGCUCCUACAAUGAAGCUGCGACUCGCCACAAGCAACCCGGGCAAGAAAAUACAGCUUCAGGAUACCUUUGCAAACGCCGAAGUGGUCGAAGCCAACUACUCGGACGUUACAUCCCUCUCCGCCGCCCUCGUCGACAUUGAGGGUGUCUUUGUCAUUACUCCAGCAGGCAUCUCGGAAGAGGAGGCCAUGACGAACUUGGUCACCGCCCUGAAGCAGGCCAAGAACAUCUUACACGUCAUUCGCCUGAUGGGAGUUUUCCCGGAGAUUUCGCCUUCACUGAUUCCCACUACUCUCGGUCCAGGAUCCCUUCCAAUCGAACACCCAAUCGCCAAACGCAUCCUCGAUGCAAGUGGACUGCCUGUCACUUACAUCAACUCUGGAGCAACUUUCAUGGACAACUUUUGGAUUCAAAUCAAGCCAGUCAUUGCAAAGAAGACUCUGAUCUGGCCAGAGCAUCGUGUGCCUUUCGUGGACCCUCGAGACAUCGCAGAGGUUGCGGGCAGACUGUUCUUGUCCAACAACGCGAAGCACAUUGGUGCCUUUCACACAAUGAACAAUGGUCAUGACUGGCUCACGUUCAAGGAGGUGGCGGCUAUGUUGUCCGAAGUACUCGAUGAACCGAUUGCGUAUGAUGGAAGCUUCGAAGCGUUUUCCGAGUUCUAUGGACCUGUUAUGGGACCUCAAUUGGUGCAAGUCAUGUGGAAUUUCUUCAAGUAUGAGGAAGCGCAUGAGGAGAUUUGGUCAUUGAACGACUUUGUGGAGAGGACCCUUGAGAGGAAGCCUACGACUGUCAGGGGUUGGCUGGAGGAACACAAGGCUGGACUGAAGGAAGGUGCCGGAGAAGCCCCCUGGGCCUCUAAAGCGUGA